AUGUUUUCUAUGGGAGCUACCCCACCCUCCUCGUCAUCCUCCUCGGCUGCGUCCUCCUUCCAAGGCGAUGACUAUCUUGCAGCUCGGUUCUCUAAAGCUGCUUCAGCCGCUGGUGCCGCCACUCUAGCGGCGGCGGCUGCGACUGCAUUCAGUACACGAACCAGUAAACAAAAACGUACAAAAUACUCUUCUGAUAUCCGGCACACCCCCACCCGCAAUCAAAACAUUCUAGAUAACUCAUAUACUUUGAAACUGGAUCAGGAACAGCAGAAGAAGAAACAGGCACCAGGAUUCAUUGAAUCAACUAGAGAUCAUGUGGUUGACAAGGUAAUAGAAACAAUUCUUGCGGCCAGUAUUCCAGAAGCUUCAGAUUCUAACGUCAAAGCUGAUUCGGAGGCAUUAAGUCAAGAUGAAGACGAAGAAGAUGAUGAUUCAGAAGAGGAAAAUAUCCAGGACGAAGAUGAAGACGAAGACGAAGAACUAGACGAAGAUUUGACACAAAAUUUCGACACAAAAAAAAAUGGCCUAGUAGGAUUUGAUUACCAGCAACUGAUAGACUCAGAUUUAAUAAACACUCCACAAAAUACCCGUCCCAGCAAAGUAAGUGCUUCCGAUAACAAUGACUACAACACUAUCGAAGUGGUUUCCGGUACAUCUGCCAAACGCAAGAGAAGGAAAUCAAAGCACAAACCCCAGCAAGAGCUAUCGCUUUCGAUUCUUGCUUCCAACAUUCGCAAGCUAAAUUCAAGAGCUGGUCUCUUGCUCCAGCUACAAUCCAAUGUGGUCCAUAUUCUUUCCUGGCAUCAACCCUCAGCCACCAUCUCCAUUCUCAUUCUUUACGGCAUAAUAUGCUUCAAUCCCCACCUGCUUGUUGCUAUGCCAAUCAUCCUCAUCCUUUUCGCCAUAAUGGCUCCCGGAUAUAACCAGCGACAUCCUAUACCUAUCGAAUUGACCCCCACGCAGUUCUACCGUCACAAGCUUGGUCACAACUUUGCUGACGCUGAGGAAAUAUUUCGCGACGAACAAAACCUUGUGUUAUCGGCGCGCCAAGCCCAAGAACUCGAAGAGCGCCGCAUUCAGGAAGAAGAACAUGAGCAACAACGCGUGUUGCGCGAACGGUUGCGCGAUUUACAAAAUAUGCUUUCCGCCUUAAUCAAGUCUAUUGAAACUCUCGAAAUAUUUGUCGCGCGAGUCGGCAGCUUUGCAGAUGAAGAAAAGGCUACGGCCAUUUACCUCAUCCUUUUAGUUACCCUUGUUACAACUGUUUACUUUGCAUCAUUUGUUCCUGUAAGCUUUGCCAUUUUAUGUGCAGGCUGGACCCCAGUUCUUCUUUUGCACCCUAAACUAGGCCGUUAUGCCAAAAAGGCCAAGGACAAGUACCUUGAUCUUGACGAGCCUGUAGUGCUGGACAUAUUAAAUUAUGUACAGGAAAAUGAUGUUAUUAUUGAUGACCCCCCAGAAUCCAGAACUGUUGAAAUAUACGAAUUACAGCGCCAGGGUCUCACUCCGAGACAAUGGACCCCAUGGGUUUUCACAACUGAAAUCUACGACAUGACAAGCAUUUCGCGGCGUGCCAAGGAGCGUCCCGUAGGGUCACGAUUCAUGGGCGAUGUUAGACCUCCUAAGGGCUGGAUCUUUUCAGAUGACUGUCCUUGGGAAGAAGAUACUCAACCAAAGGAUUGGGUGCUUUACCGUGGACUGCGCCAUGUCGACAUUGAUCUUGACACUAACUGGGUAUAUGAUUAUUCAAUUCCUGGCGGGUCACCUGAGGAAAAAAAUCGUAGACAGAAAGCCAAGGAAAUGAAGAAAAAACGAUAUGCAGAGCUAGUGGAUGCUGAUGAAUACUAUAUUCCUAGCACAUCUGAAGGCGAAGCAAACUUUGAUGAUGACGAUGCCAGCGAUGACUAUUUAUACGAUGGCGAUGAGUAUUAUAUGUAUGGAACAGAGUCUGUCAAUGAGGCGAAAAUCAAAGCCAUUGAAGAACAAGACUUAUUGGUACGAGGUGAAUGGCGACGCCGGCGGUGGAUCCGCAAGUGCUUUCGACUUUGA